AACAAAACGACAACUCACUCAACUACCGUUCAUGAACCACCCCUCCCUCACACACCUUCGCCGUACCCGCAAGGCAAUUGCAGUCUAAUAAAGACUCUUAUCUGUCUUCUUAGCUUUUUCCCAGUUGUCCUCUAUUGUUUUCCCGCUAUAUAAUCCGUUCAUCAUGGUAUCAUCUAACAUAUCAUCAUCAUCAUCAUCAUCCCAUUUUCAAUCAUUCAACUUAUUUUUUCUAUUAAAGUACUGAUGGCGUUGAACAACCAAUCUGAGUUUCAAGAUUACUUGCCGAUGAUGGCUGAGAAGUUGGGUGGGGAUGGUUUGAUCGGAGAGUUAUGCAACGGGUUUAAUUUACUUGUGGAUGCUGAUAAAGGUGUGAUCACCUUUGACAGCCUCAAGAAGAACUCAGCACUUUUGGGUCUUGAAGGUUUGAAUGAUGAGGAUUUGUUGAGUAUGUUGAAAGAAGGCGAUUUCGAUGGUGAUGGAGCGCUUAAUCAGAUGGAGUUUUGUGUUCUUAUGUUUAGAUUAAGCCCUGAGUUGAUGGAAGAGUCACAGUUUUUGUUAGAAGAAGCUCUUGAGCAAGAGUUGAAUCGGUUUUAAUAUAGUCUCAUUUUUUUUCUGAUUUUUUUAUGAUAUUUUAUACAAGUUAUAACUCAUUAAUUUGUCAAAUUUGUUACUGAUUUACUGAGUGAUUGUUGAAUAAUGAAAAGUUGCUCUAUGAAUAUUAUAUAA